AUGGGUAAAAUAACAGAUUCAAAACUAAAACAACGUCAUAAUCCUUUAUUAAAAGAUAUAUCAACGCUGGGUGGUAAUUUAAGAACCACACCAAGGACAUCAAAAAUUAAAAAUCCAAAAUCCAAAACAAAUAAAUCAGAAAAGGAACAAGAAGAAGGUUAUCUUGAUGCAGUAAGUUCGAGAAAAAUUUUACAAUUAGCUAAAGAGCAACAAGAGGAAUUAAGAGAUGAGGAAGAGAACGAGGAAGUAGAACCACCACAACAACAAAGAUUCAUAAGUACAACAAUCGAAAGUGAUGAAGAAGAAUCAGAAGAAGAAGAGAAAUAUUCAGAUUUAGAGGAUGAAGAAGAAGAAAUAAUAUAUGACGAAGAAGAAAUAGAAGUAGAUGAAAAAGAUGCAGAAUUAUUUAAUAAAUAUUUUCAAAAUAAUGGAUCAUCAAUAAAUGGAGAACAAUCAAUAAAUUUGGCAGAUAAAAUAUUGGCAAAAAUUCAAGAAAAAGAAUUACAAACUAAACAACCAACUGAAAAACCUCAAGAAGAUGCAGUUUUAUUACCACCAAAAGUAAUAAUGGCUUAUGAAAAAAUUGGGAAAAUAUUAUCAACAUAUACACAUGGUAAAUUGCCUAAAUUAUUUAAAAUUUUACCUAGUUUGAAAAAUUGGAAAGAUGUAUUGUAUGUUACAAACCCUGCAAAUUGGACACCUCAUGCUACAUAUGAAGCUACAAAAUUAUUUGUAUCUAAUUUACAAUCAAAUGAAGCUCAAAUUUUUGUUGAAAUGGUAUUAUUAGAAAAAUUCAGAUCUUCUAUAGAAGAUUCAGAUGAUCAUCAUUUAAAUUAUCAUAUUUAUAGAGCUUUAAAAAAAUCAUUAUAUAAACCUGGUGCAUUUUUUAAAGGAUUUUUAUUACCAUUAGUUGAUGGGUUUUGUUCAGUACGUGAAGCUACAAUUGCUGCUUCAGUAUUAACUAAAGUAUCAGUACCAGUAUUACAUUCAUCAGUUGCAUUAUCACAAUUAUUAUCAAGAGAUUUUAAUCCAGCUACUACUGUUUUCAUAAGGGUAUUAAUAGAGAAAAAAUAUGCAUUACCUUAUCAAACAUUAGAUGAAUUAGUAUUUUAUUUUAUGAGAUUUAGAAAUGUAACUCAAGAUUCUAUUGAAAUUGAUAAUGAUAAAAUUGAAAUACCUCAAUUACCUGUUGUUUGGCAUAAAGCAUUUUUAUCAUUUGCUCAACGUUAUAAAAAUGAUAUAACUGAUGAUCAAAGAGAUUUUUUAUUGGAAACUGUUAGACAAAGAUUUCAUCAUGCUAUUGGACCUGAAAUUAGAAGAGAAUUAUUGGCUGGUAAACCAAGACUUGUGGCUCCUCAACAACAACAACAAGAUGGGUUAAUGAUUGACGCUUUUUAA